AUGGUGCGUGUGAGUGGGGUGUUGGGGGUGUGGGUGGGAAUUGGUCGGGGGUGGGGGGUUGUUGUGUGGGGGUUGGGGGGAUGUUGUUGGUUGGGUGUGGUGUUUGGGGGUGGUUUUUGGGUGGUGGGAGAGGGUGGAUGUGUGGGGGGGGGGGGGGGGGGGGGGGGGGGGUGGGGGGGGAAUACGGGGUGGGGUGGGGGGGGGUGGGGUUUUGUGGGGGGUGGGGGGGUUGUGGGGUGGGGGGGGGAUCGGGAGGGGUGGGUGGGGGUGGGUGUGGGAUUGGGUGAUUGGGGGGGGUUGUGGUGGGGGUGUGGGGUGGUGGGGGGGUGUAGGGGGGUGGGUGUGGGGGAGGUGUUGGGGGGUGGAGAUGGUGGGGGGUGGGUGGGGGGGGUGGGUGGUGGGUGGUAUGGUGCUGGUGUGGGGGUGAUUUGGAGGUGUGGGGGGGGUGGGUGGUGUGGUGGGUUCGGGUGUGGGGGUGGUAGGGGGUGGGGUGGGGGGUUGGGUGGGGUGGGGGGGGGUGGGGGGGGGGGUGGGGGUUGGUGGGUGGGGGGUGGGGGGGGGUGGGGUGGGGUUGUUUGGGGUUGGAGGGGUGUGGGGGAUGUUGUGGUGGGGGGGGGGGGGGUGGAGGUGGGGGGUAGGGGGGGGGGUGCUGUAGGGGGGGUUGGGGUGGGGUGGGCGUGGGGGGGGGGGGGGGUUAUGGGUUGGGGGUGGGGUGGGGGGGGGAUGUGGGGGGGGGUGGGUGGAGGUGGGGGUAGGGUGUGUGGGGGGUGGGGGGGGGGGUUUGGGGAGGGGGGGGGUGGGGGGGGGGGGGGGGUGGGGGAUGUGGGGGAGUGGGGGGGGGGGUGGGGGGGGGUGGGGGGGUGGGUGGGGGGGGGGGGUGGGUUGGGGUUGGGGGGGGUGGGUGGGGGUGGGUGGGGAGUGGGGGGGGCGGGAGGGGGGGGGGGGUGGGGGGUGGGGGGGGGGGGGGGGGGGGUUGGGGGGGUGGUGUGGGGGGGGGUGGGGGGGGGGGGGGGGAUGGGGGGGGGUGGUGGGUGGUGGUUGUGGGGGUGUGGGGGGGUGGCUGGGGGGGUGGGGGGGUGGGGGGGGGGGUGGGGGUGUGGGUGGGGAGUGGGGUUGGGGGGGGGGUGUUGGGGGGGGGGGGGGGGGUGGGGAGGGGGGGGGUGGUGGGGGGGGGGGGGGGGGGGUUGGGGGGGGGGGGGGGGGGGGGGUGGUGAGGGGGUGGGGGGGGUGGGUUGUGGGGGGGGUGGGGGGGUAGGGGGGGGUGGGGGGGUGGGUGGGGGGUUGGGAUGUGGUGGGGAGGGUUGGUUGGGGGGGGGGUGGGGGGUGGGGGGGUGUGGGGUGUGGUGGGGGGUAUGGUGGGGAUGUGGGGGGGGGGUGGAUGGGGGGGGGGGGGUUGGGGGGGGUGUAGGAGUUGUUGGGGGGGUGGGUGGGUGGGGUGGGGCGGUGGGGCUGUGUGUAGGGGGGGUUGGUGGGGGGUUGGGAGGGGGUUUGUGGGUGGGGGGGGGGUGGGGGGGGUUGGGGGUUGGGGGGUGUGGGGUGGGGGGGGGUUGGGGUGGUGGGGGGGGGGGGGGGGGGGAGGGUGGUGGGUGGGGGUGGGGGUUGGGGCGGGUGGUGGGGGGGGGUUGUGUUUGGUGUGGGGUGGGGAGGGGAGGGGGGGUGGGGUGGUGGGGAGUGGUGGGAGGGGGUGGGGGGUUUUGGUGGGUUGGGGGUGGCGGUGGGGGUGGGUGGGUGGAGGGGUGGGCUGUGGGGGUAGUGGUGGGGGGGGUGGGUUGGUGGGUGGGUGAGGGGGGGGGAGGGUGGGGGGGGGGGUUGGGGGGUGGGGUUGGGUGUGGGGGGGGGGUGGGGGUGGGGUUGGCUUUUGUGGGUGUUGGUUGGGGGGGUGGGUGGGGGGUGUGGGGGGGGGUUGGGGGGGGGGGGGGUGGGGGGGGGGUGGUGUGGGGGGGAGGGGUCGGGGGCUGUCGAGAGAUUGUUGGCGUGGGGGGGUUGGUGGGGGGGUGGGGUGUGUGUUGGUUGGUGGUGGGGUAUGGUGGGGUGGGGGGGGGAGGGGGGGGUGGUGGUGGUGUGCUGGGGGGGGGGGUGAGCGUGGGGGUAGGUGGGGCGGACGAGGGUGUGGAGUGGUGGGGGGGGGUGGGGGGGGGGGUGGGUGGGGAGGUAUGCGGGGGGUUUGGUGGGGUGGUGGUGGUGGUGGUAGGGCGGGUGUUGGGGGGGGAGGGGGGGGGGGGGGGGGAGGGGGGGUUGGGGUGUGGUGGGUGGCGGGGUGGGGGGUGGGUGAUGGGGGGUGGUGUUGGUGGGGGCGGGGUUGUGGGGUGGGGGGGUGGGUGGGGGGUGUGGGGGUGGGGGGUGGGAUGGGGGGGGGUUGGGGGGGGUGGGGGGGGGGUUGAUAUAGGUGGGUGGGGUUGUGUGGGGGGGGUUGGGGGGUGGGAUGGGAGGGGGGGUGGUUGGGGGGGGGGGGGUGGGGUGAGGGUGCGUGAGUUGGGGGGGGGGGGGGGGUUGUGGGGGUGGGUGGGUGGUGGGGGCGUGUGGUGGGGGGGGGGGGGUUGGGGGGUGGAGGUGGGGGGGAUUGUGUGGUGGUUGGUAGGGGUUGGGGGGGGGGGGGGUGGGGGGGGAGGGUGGGGGGGGGGAGGGUGGGGGCGGGGGUGUGGUGGGGGGCGGGGUGGGGGUGGAGGGGGGUGUUUGGGGCUGGGGGGGGUUGGGGGGUGGGGGGGGGGGGUGGGGGGGGUCGGGAGGGGGGAGUUGUGGGGGUGGGGAGGGGGGGGGUGUUGUUGGGGGGGUGUGGCGGGGUCUGGGGGUGGGGGGGGGGGGGUGUUGUGGGGGGGGGUGGGGGGGGUUGGUGGGGGGGGGGGUUGGGUUGGUGUGGGGGGAGUGGGGGGGGGGGGUUGGGGGGCGGUUUGA